ACGAAGGGAGGCGGCGGCGGAGCGCUCGGCAGCCAUCUUUGGACCUGAGUGGGAUUCUACUUUGGCACCACAGUUACUUCGAGGGUGGGGAUCUUAACCUACAAUAAUUUGCUAAUCUUACAUUUAUAAUCGACUGACAGCGGUAAGAACCACAAGGAUUUAACGUACGACAUAACCGUGUCGGGGAAGAAUACUUUUAUAAUCCCAAACUGUUGUGAAUAACACGACAUUCUCUACAGUGCUGAGACCUGGCCUGUCAGGAGAGGCUCUGAACACAUAUGAGACCACUGUCCUGCAGAUGAGCCAUCGGUGGGGGCUUUCAAGGCGCUGUCGCAGACCCAGAUAGUUCCUGGCGACAGCGGCUCUGCCCCCCCCCCCCUCCCCCCCACAACUCCCCAUUAUGCCCAACAGCAGUCGGGCGGGGAGCCUGAAGGACCCCGAUGUCGCCGAGCUCUUCUUCAAGGAGGACCCAGAAAAGCUCUACUCGGAUCUGCGAGAGAUCGGACAUGGCAGCUUUGGUGCUGUAUAUUUUGCACGGGAUGUGCGGACAAAUGAGGUGGUGGCCAUCAAGAAGAUGUCUUACAGUGGAAAGCAGUCCACUGAGAAAUGGCAAGACAUAAUCAAGGAGGUGAAAUUCCUGCAGAGAAUACAGCACCCGAACAGCAUCGAGUACAAAGGAUGUUACCUGCGAGAGCACACUGCCUGGCUGGUAAUGGAGUAUUGUCUAGGCUCUGCUUCAGAUCUGUUGGAAGUUCACAAGAAACCUCUGCAAGAAGUGGAAAUAGCUGCAAUCACCCAUGGUGCUCUUCAAGGGUUGGCUUAUCUUCACUCCCACAACAUGAUUCACCGAGAUAUCAAGGCGGGAAAUGUCUUGCUGACGGAGCCAGGGCAGGUAAAACUAGCAGAUUUUGGUUCUGCCUCCAUUGCCUGUCCUGCCAACUCCUUUGUUGGGACUCCAUAUUGGAUGGCCCCAGAAGUCAUUUUAGCUAUGGAUGAAGGCCAGUAUGAUGGAAAGGUGGACAUCUGGUCCUUGGGAAUAACCUGCAUUGAAUUAGCUGAGAGGAAGCCUCCACUGUUCAACAUGAAUGCAAUGAGUGCCUUAUACCACAUAGCACAGAAUGAGAGUCCCAUGCUGCAGUCCAGUGAAUGGACGGACUAUUUCCGAAAUUUUGUAGAUUCUUGCCUUCAGAAAUUUCCCCAGGACAGGCCCAACUCUGAGGAGCUCUUAAAGCAUGCAUUUGUCCAGCGUGAGCGGCCAGAAUCCGUACUAAUAGACCUGAUAAGUCGGACUAAGGACGCGGUGCGAGAGCUUGACAAUCUGCAGUAUCGCAAGAUGAAGAAGAUCUUGUUUCAGGAAGCCCACAAUGGCCCCACAACGGAGGCACAAGAUGACGAUGAGGAUCCCGAGCACAGCGUGGGCAGGACGGGUACAGUGAACAGCGUGGGGAGCAACCAAUCCAUACCCAGUAUGUCAAUCAGUGCCAGUUCCCAGAGCAGCUCUGUCAACAGUCUCACAGACGCAGGCGAUGACAAGAGCGAGGUGGACAUGGAGGGAGAUCACACGGUCAUGUCCAACAGCUCUGUGGUCCUCCUCAAACCGGAUGAGGAGACAAAUAAUGAAGAGUCGGAGCUGAACACCCGGCCGACUGAGCCUCAGUCCCCGCCUGCACACACUCCACGGCCAAAACGCAACCGCGAACACUUCGCUACUAUACGCACAGCCUCAGUGCUCACUCGCCAGAUGAAGGAGCACGAGCAGGAUUCAGAGCUCCGGGAGCAGAUCCUGGGCUACAAGCGCAUGAGGCGGCAGCACCAGAAACAGCUGAUGGCUCUGGAGAACAAGCUGAAAGCGGAGAUGGACGAGCACAGGCUUCGCCUGGACAAGGAGCUGGAGAACCAGAGGAAUAGCUUCACCCAGGAGAUGGAGAAACUGAUCAAGAAGCACCAGGCGUCCAUGGAGAAAGAUGUAAAAACUUUUAACAACGACGAGAAGAAGUUCCAACAACAUAUUCAGAGUCAGCAGAAGAAAGAGCUCAACAGCUUCCUGGAAUCCCAGAAACGGGAAUACAAACUUCGCAAGGAACAACUUAAAGAGGAGUUGAAUGAAAACCAGUUAACGCCCAAGAAAGAAAAGCAGGAGUGGUUGUCCAAGCAGAAGGAUAACUUCCAACACUUCCAAGCGGAGGAAGAGGCCAACUUGGCGCGCAGACAGAGGCAGUAUCUGGACCUGGAGUGCCGCCGGUUCAAACGGAGGAUCUUGAUCGCACGCCACACCAUUGAGCGGGACUUAGUGCGCGAGGAGCUAAACAAGCGUCAGACCCAGAAGGACUUGGAACACGCCAUGCUUCUCCGGCACCAUGAGUCCAUGCAAGAGCUGGAGUUCCGCCAGCUCAACAACAUCCAAAAGACGAGGGCUGAGCUCAUCCGCCUGCAGCACCAGACGGAGCUCACCAAUCAGCAAGAGUACAACAAGAGGAGGGAGAGGGAGCUUCGGCGCAAACACGUCAUGGAGGUUCGCCAGCAGCCCAAGAGCCUCAGGUCUAAAGAGCUACAGAUUAAGAAGCAGUUCCAGGACACGUGUAAGAUCCUGACCAGGCAGUACAAAGCGCUGAGGAACCAUCUGUUGGAGACCACACCAAAGUCGGAGCACAAGGCUGUCCUUAAACGUCUGAAGCACGAGCAGCACCGCAAACUUGCCAUCUUGGCAGAGCAGUAUGACCACUCCAUCAAUGAGAUGCUCUCCACUCAGGCGCUUCGUCUGGAUGAGACUCAGGAGGCUCAGUGCCAGGGCCUACGAAUGCAGCUACAGCAGGAGCUGGAGCUUCUCAACGCCUACCAGAGCAAGAUCAAGAUGCAGACGGAUGCCCAACAUGAGCGCGAGAGAAAGGACCUGGAGCAGAGGGUGUCCCUCCGGAGGGCCCUGCUGGAACAGAAGAUCGAGGAGGAGAUGAUGUCCUUGGAGAACGAACGCUUGGAGCGAAUCCGGAGCCUGCUGGAACGCCAAGCCCGAGAAGUUGAGGCUUUUGACUCGGAGAGCAUGCGCCUGGGCUUCAGCAACAUGGUGCUGUCCAACAUGUCCCCGGAUGGGCUCAGCAACAGCUUUCCUGGGGCUCACGUAAGUUGGAGUCAGCCACAGCACCCGUCCGGAAGCUCCCCGGGGUCGCAGUGGGGCAGUGGCGGCUCGGGCGGAGGGUCAAGCCACCACGGCGGCCAUCACCACUAUCACUCCAGUCCGGGAGGGGCACCUAUGCAGCAGGGCUGGGGGCAGGGCAUGCAGGGAGGCGGGGUUCCGUCGCCGUGGGGCCACCCAUCCCGCAGCAGUGGAGGUAUACAGAACAGCCCCCAGGCAAUGGGGAGGACACCCUCAGGAGGGCGCAGCGAGCAGAACAUGAGCAGGAGUACCAGCGUCACCUCUCAAAUAUCUAACGGGUCGCACCUCUCCUACACAUAGAUCCCCUGUCGGCCCCUGGCGUCAGAAUUUGAGCGUGGAGACGUAGAGUCCAACAAACGAAGCAGGACAGAAUAAUGGCAGAGCUCUGCUUCUCUGUGUGUCUCUCUCUCUCUCGCUCUCUCUCUCUGCGUUUCUCCCGUGUACAGAUGUGGAUGUGCGAUGAAAUAAAUGUUGCUCAGGUCAAAAGGGCUGGAAGAGACGCAGCCCGUCCUCACGGCAGUUUAUCGGCACACACACAGAUCCUUAAAUUUAUGUUACAUAAGAAAUUUGAGCGUCAACACAUAAUGCUCCUAUUUUGUUUUUAUUUACAGCUCUCUCCUUCUGAUUUUUUUUUUUUUAAAUGUACAUUAUGUGCUUUUCACAGCCAUCGCUUUCAUUUUGCACAUGACACACUGUUAAAAAGCUUUUGACAUGUGUGAACAAUGUCCUUUAGAAAUGUGGUAUCAAACAAUCACAGAGAACUCAUUUUAUUUAGGACGCCCUCACUCUCCCGAUUCUUAUUCUGUUAUACACUGGUCCAUUUUCUGACGGUGGUUUAAAAAAAUGCGGCAAACCUAACUAAAGAUGCGUUGCUGUUGUGAUACCAGCCUGCUGUAAUGGUCAUUGUGAUAACUUUUAUUUUUCAGUCACUGCUUUUUAUUUCACCCGACUUCCUGGUCAGCAGCCAAAAUGAGACUUAAAUCCAGAGCCAAAUAAACAAACCGUAACCGUUUCAGGCGUAUGUUACAACACUACUACAGUGCCUUUUUAAUCCUUGAUUCUAAAAAUCCAUCUCACAUGUUUAUAGUUUUGAUCAUUUUAAAUUUCAUCAUCCGUUUAGAAUCAGUGCCAGUGUAAGUUUAGUUUAUUUUCUUUUAAUUCCAGAGGGUCUGAAAAAUACUUAUAUUGGUGUAUAUCAGUAACUACAUUGUUUUGGUCUUUAGAGUGGUGGUACUCUAGAAUGUCAUUGUACACAUUCACAGGAGGAGAUUACAAAACAUAGGAGACUACUUUGCCUUCAAAAACGAUCCUAGUAUUGAUCUGUUUAUUUUUUGUUGUUUUUUAUUAGUGCCUUUUUAAACUGCUGCCUUUUUCGAAGCACUUUAAACAGCGGAAUGUGUGUAAAGUUUGACUACUUCUCGCUGAGCACCUGGUGGAUCGAGUGUGUCGUCGGUACCCAUGUUGUGAAGUUGACCCGUGCUGUGAUUUGUAGGAGCAAUUUCCCCAAGUACAGAUAAGACCUAGUGUAUGACAAUAUAUACAGUAUGUGAAUAAGAGCCCCCCCCCCCCCCCUUUUCUGCAGCUUUAACUGUGUUUAGAACCUGUAGCUGCUGUUGGUUAUCUCCUCCGUGUGUUUAUGCAGAGUUUUGAUUGAAUAGAGGACGUGAGGAUGCUGCAGGCUUUUUCAAAUAUGUCUUGGCUACAGUUUCAUGAAACAAAAGGUUAACUGACGAGAGUCCAUUACGUGCAAGCAGAAGAGCGCUUCAGAUAAUUGUCACGACCAUGACAGCAGGCUCGGCACUACUAGGAAAACUACAACACUGUUAAACAUGUUGGGGCCCAGUUAAGUAACACUAACGAUGUAAAAGGUGCUAAGUUAUAAAUGUUACACUGUCUCCUCAGAACCCAAAAACGGGGGGGGACUGAAACAAGCACAUGCUCGCAUGAUGACGUUGUAUCGCAUACAUGUAAAUUGAGUCAAUGCGCACUCUGUGGAAAAACAGCCAAAUAUGAAAUAAAUGUGGCAAAAAAAGCAUUUAGGUAUUCCUUUUGAUAGCUCUCGCAGUUCCUCUGAUAAUAUCCGUCUCUGCUCACUCGCUUCUCUCUGAAGUUAUGCUUUUUUAUUUCCAUGCAGAGUUUAAAACAUUUAGUUUGAAAGGCCAUUUAUAGAUAAUGAUCCAGAGAUGAGAAGGAUAAUAUGCUCCCUUGAAUCACAAAGCUGGUGUUAAAUGUUCAUAUGUGUAUAUUUUAUUAAAAGAAAACAUUUAAAGACUAAACUCACAUUUUAAGAAAAUAAUUUCUAAAAACUAACUUUAUUUAACUGACAGACCACACUGAUAUUAGCAAGCCUUUUUUGCUCAAAGUGGUUUUGAGUUGUCCGGACGUCGCUCAUUGGAAGAUAUUCUUAGUUUUGUGUACACAGAUGGAAUGCCUCCUCGUAUGCAUAUUUGCUGUCAUCUCCUUUUCUUUUUUUUUUUUAAAUGCCACUUCUUCAGUCAGGCGGCCGUCUCUGAGCAUCAUCACUGAAGAGUUUGUUUGAUCAUUCUCCUCUGGUUCAGAGCCACCUGUUCAAAUUCUUUCUGAAUGUCACACUGUGAUUUUUAUUUUUUUUUUCUUAAAUAAAUAUGUAUAUAUUCUAUCCUUGAAAGUAUGCAUUAUAUCAAGCUGCUUAUGGUUUGGUCCCAAAACACAAUUUAUUUUCUUUUUUUAAUGCAGUGACUAGUUCCAGCUACUGUAACACAGCAGGUUAUAUUCAUCAUUUCCUUUCUGAUUUAUUGAUACUUGGUAAAGAAAAGGAGAAUAUAUUCAUCGUGAUCUGAAUCUUACAUUAAGUCAAAAGCCAAGAGUUUGAAUGUCAGGCCAAUCAAACCUCACAUACAUGCCAACCUUAAGUUUGUAUGCACAACUUCUGUUCAAUUUUAUGUCAAUGUGUGUGUGAGGGAGUCUGGAUAUUAUUGUCAAUCAUUGUCUCCACAAACCUGGAUUUUUUUUUUUUUUUUUUACUUUAACUUUGAUGUCAAAUUGUGUCCUACUGACUGAAAGCUUUUGGGAAACAGAAUGAGAAUCGGCAACAAAAAUGGCGGUCCUUUUUUUAUGGUCAAACACUGUGCCAUACCUGAGUUGCCAAGCACAGAUACCACUGCAUUGUCUCAUCGCCAUGUUUUUAACCUAUCAGUGGGCGGACAGCAUGAAACGUAUGAAACAUAGAAACAACUUGGUUCUGGUCUAGUGGCCAAAGUUAAAAGGCUUGAAAAGAUCAAGUGGAUGACAGGCAAAUUAUGAAAAGAGAUUGCAUUUCUUUGAAGAUGUCAGUAUUCUUCUUUGGCACAUUACCACUACAACUCAUAACCUGUAUUAAAAUGUAUAGACGGUGGAAACUUGUUAUUGAAUGUCAGAGAGAUUAUAAAGAUACUACAUAAGAGAUGGUGAAAGUACUAAAAGUGAAUUUAAAUUGUGUAAAAAGAUUCAUAAAACAGAAUAAAAAUAGGAUCAAAUUUACUAUUUGUUUGUAUUAUAUUUAGCAUUGUGUUGGCAGAGGGAUAUUGAACAGAAAUCAGCUGUAAUAAAAUAAUUUUAGUAUA